GAUUUCAAUUUUUUAAAACAACCUAUUCCUUUUGAUAGAUGUCAUUUUUAAUGAAUCUGAUUCAUAUUACAAAAUGGUGAAACUAGUCAAACUCCUAGUGGCAUUUCUGUUGUUCCGAAUCAAUUUAAUCAAUAGGAUUUUAGUUUUUAUAAAGAUUUUUUUUUUUUUUUAAUUUUCUAAUUGAAAAAAAACAAGCAAAAAAGGUAUCUUCAACCUUAAUGGGCUUAAUCAAAAUAUCAUUUCUGGCGUCUAUAUUGUUCUAAUUUAGUUAGUUUUGAUUAUGAAAUAUUCAUAUGUUCAUUACCUAUAAGAAGAAAUAAAUAAUUACUGUAAUAAAAUAAUAUUUGGCGAUAAUCUUCUAAAUUAUUUAUGGCGAUGAACGUGUCACAAUUCAAUUGAUAUUUAUACUCUUUCUUCGUUAUAUUUUAAUUUCAUUUAUCAUAACAUUAGCAAUAAUGAGCGAUGUAAUAUCACUUACUAAAAGCCCUUCAAGUAAAAAAGGGUUUGUUUCUUUACUCGAGAAAACUAAUUUAAGCGUGAUACAGCCUAAAAUGAAGAAGGAUUUGUAUUAUGCUGCAAUUAAAGUUGGAGGAAAUUUUGAAUUUUCGCGGAAUUUAAAGGGUCAUUUCUCAUGUGUUAAUGCGAUAAAUUUUAGUAAUGGUGACGCGCGAUUAUUAGUGUCUGGUGGCGACGAUAGACGAGUAUUGAUUUGGGACGUACAUGGUGAUAUUGAAAAUACUAAACCUAAGAAGUGCUUCAAAGGUCAUCACGGUAAUAUAUUUGGUACAGUUUUUGAUUCUACGAAUCGUCAUGUUUUAUCUUGUGGAAAUGAUAAGUUAAUAAUUUAUCAUGAUUUGGAACAUGAAAGCGUUUCGAAGACAUUUUUGGGACAUGAAGAUGCUGUGCAUUCAAUUGCCUUUGAUCCAUUUAAUGAUAAUUUAUUCUUGUCCGCAAGUCAAGAUGGUACAGUGAAGUUAUGGGACAUACGUUGUAAUUUUCAGUGUCAAGGAGAAAUUAAAGGUUUUGCACAAAUGACGCAUGCUCAAUUCAGUCCCACCGUUGAGAAACAAUUUGUUACUAGUAAUGAUGGUGGUGAUAUAAUACUACGAGAUACUAGAACGGCUUUUAAGUCUGGUGAACCUCUUUUGACUACUUCCUCAUCUUCAAAAGACUUUUUAUUAAAGUAUGUUACUACUUUAACGCGUAAUUCUAGAAAUGUUAAACCUGACAUAUCUUCAGUAGCAUUUAAUCCAUCCGGAACUUUAUUAUGUGCUAUUAUAAACCAUUAUCGUCCAACAUUAUAUAAUGUUUUUGACGAGAAACCUUUAUGUACUUUUUCAUCAGAUUAUGAUUUCGAAACACAAAUUGGAUACAAAAAUGACUGUACUUUUAAGCAAGGUUAUUUUGGUGGUCCGGAUGGAGAUUAUUUCCUUUGUGGAAGUGAUGAUUUUAGAGUUUAUAUAUGGAAAGUUCCAGAUAUAGAAACUAUGAUUAAUGAGCGAUCGUUCACAAAAAAUCUAGAUGAUUUAGAUGAUGAAAUAUAUUUUAUUGAUGACGAUAUGGUAAUUGAUCCAUUGAAUAAUUCAACCCCACAAUAUGUGCUUAAUGGUCAUCGUUCAAUCGUCAAUUCGGCAAUUUGGCAUCCUCAUGUUCCUUUGAUAUUUUCAUCAGGUGUUGAAAAAAUAAUAAAGGUUCAUUCCGCUUUUCCAUUUUCAAAUAAAGAUUGUGAAUCUAAAAUUCCGCAACCGCCUAGGUCGAGGUUUAGACGUGGGGAGAUUAGUUUUCGUGCAAAUGAAUAUGAAGAAAAUAUGGAAGAAGAUUUGUCAACAUUGAAAUUUUUUGAUUUAAUGCUUAUGACCGAAGAGCAUGAAGAUUUUUAUUGGGGAAAUGAUUCAUUUGAUGACUCUGAUAAUUCAACACUUUCAUUAUCUUCAUAUUUUUUUAUGCGUGACGAUGAUGAUGAUAACGACGACGACGAUGAUGAUAAAGAGGACGAAGAUGAUGGAGAAUCUGAUGGUGAAGAAACUGAUGAUGAUAGUGAAGGGUUACCAUCUAUGGGUGAUUAUGAAAAUUAUGCAUAUUCGAGUUCAGAUUAUGAAGAGACAACUGAUAGAAAUGAUGUUUCUUUUGAAUCAGAUAUGGAUACUAGUGAUACGGAUAAUAAUAUAUACCAGUUAUAUAGGUCGUUUGCAAUGUGUAGUGAUGAAUUAACUGAUGAUGAUGAUGAUUAUGACGAUGACGAGAUGAAUAUUGAAAUUUUAAUUUAAUUUAUAAAACUAUAUAUAUAUUAGUUUCUGUAAAUAUUUUUUUGGGAGGAAAGAAAGGAGGUGCAAGAGUUUUUUUUUUUUAGUAAUUACGAGGUUGUUCAAUUAGGUGCAUCAUUUUUAAUAAUAAAAUUAAAUUGUAAAAAUUAAAUUUAGCUAAAUAAUAAUGUUAAUUACAGUUCACCCUCGCUAUAGUGAAGCUCAUAGGCUGAAGGUUAAGAUUCACUAUA